AUGGCGCUAAUUGUCCGCACGCUCCCGGCAGGUGGCUUCCCAACAGACGACAAUAUUUAUGUCUUACAGCACAGUCUAACAGUAGCCUUACAGCAGCCCUACAGCAGCCUUACAGCAGUCUUACAGAAGCCUUACAGCAGUCUUACAGCAGUCUUACAGCAGUCUUACAGCAGUCUUACAGCAGUCUUACAGCAGUCUUACAGAAGCCUUACAGCAGUCUUACAGCAGUAUUACAGAAGCCUUACAGCAGUCUUACAGCAGUCUUACAGCAGUCUUUCAGCAGCCUUUCAGCAGUCUUACAGCAGUCUUACAGCAGUCUUACAGCAGUCUUACAGCAGCGUUUCAGCAGCCCUACAGAAGCCUUACAACAGUAUCACAGAAGCCUUACAGCAGUCUUACAGCAAUCUUACAGCAGCCUUACAGCAGCCUUACAUCAGUAUCACAGAAGCCUUACAGCAGUCUUACAGUAGCCUUACAGCAGUCUUACAGCAGUCUUUCAGCAGCCUUUCAGCAGUCUUACAGCAGUCUUACAGCAGCCUUUCAGCAGCCCUACAGCAGCCCUACAGCAGUAUCACAGAAGCCUUACAGCAGUCUUACAGUAGUCUUACAGCAGCCUUACAGCAGCCUUACAGCAGUAUCACAGAAGCCUUACAGCAGUCUUACAGCAGCCGCCUUACAGCAGUCUUACAGCAGUCUUACAGUAGCCUUACAGCAGUAUCACAGAAGCCUUACAGCAGUCUUACAGCAGCCUUACAGCAUCUUACAGCAGCCUUACAGCAGUAUCACAGAAGCCUUACAGCAGUCUUACAGCAGUCUUACAGCAGCCUUACAGCAGUCUUACAGCAGUCUUACAGCAGUCUUACAGCAGUCUUACAGCAGUCUUACAGCAGUCUUACAGCAGCCUUACAGCAGUCUUACAGCAGUCUUACAGCAGUCUUACAGCAGCCUUACAGCAGUAUCACAGAAGCCUUACAGCAGCCUUACAGCAGUAUCACAGAAGCCUUACAGAAGUCUUACAGCAGUCUUACAGUAGCCUUACAGCAGUCUUACAGCAGUAUCACAGAAGCCUUACAGCAGUCUUACAGCAGUCUUACAGCAGCCUUACAGCAGUCUUACAGCAGCCUUUCAGCAGCCCUACAGCAGCCUUACAGCAGUAUCACAGAAUCCUUACAGCAGUCUUACAGCAGUCUUACAGCAGCCGCCUUACAACAGUCUCACAGCAGUCUUACAGUAGCCUUACAGCAGUCUUACAGCAGUCUUUCAGCAGCCUUUCAGCAGUCUUACAGCAGUCUUACAGCAGCCUUUCAGCAGCCCUACAGCAGCCUUACAGCAGUAUCACAGAAUCCUUACAGCAGUCUUUCAGCAGCCUUUCAGCAGUCUUACAGCAGUCUUACAGCAGCCUUACAGCAGCCUUACAGCAGUAUCACAGAAUCCUUACAGCAGUCUUACAGCAGUCUUACAGCAGUCUUACAGCAGUAUCACAGAAUCCUUACAGCAGCCUUACAGCAGCCUUACAGCAGUAUCACAGAAUCCUUACAGAAGUCUUACAGCAGUCUUACAGCAGUCUUACAGCAGUCUUACAGCAGUCUUACAGCAGCCUUACAGCAGCCUUACAGCAGCCUUACAGCAGUAUCACAGAAUCCUUACAGCAGUCUUACAGCAGUCUUACAGCAGUCUUACAGUAGCCUUACAGAAGCCUUACAGCAGCCUUACAGCAGCCUUACAGCAGUAUCACAGAAUCCUUACAGAAGUCUUACAGCAGUCUUACAGCAGUCUUACAGCAGUCUUACAGCAGCCUUACAGCAGCCCUACAGCAGUCUUACAGUAGUCUUACAGCAGUCUUACAGCAGUCUUACAGCAGCCUUACAGCAGCCUUACAGCAGCCUUACAGCAGUAUCACAAAAUCCUUACAGCAGUCUUACAGCAGUCUUACAGUAG